AUGUCUCCAGUUCACUCGAACUUUGUCGACAGUCCUAUCGGCGUGGUAAAAACCAUGAUUCACUCGAUUUCCAGACGCCCUGCAACGUACCCGGGUUUUGCAUCUUCCUCUACUUCAGACCAAAGCGAAGACACACCGAUCCGACCCAACAAACACGAACUGGGUGCAAGACCUGGUGAAAGACGAUCGCCAUAUGCAAUAUUACCCUACAUUGUCAACAUUCUGUUGGCAGUAGGACUGACAGUUCUUGUCGGAUUUGUCUUCCGUCCCUUUCCACCGCAUGGUCCUAAGAUGAAGACAUUGAGCUGCGGAUCUAACCCAGCCGAGGCGCGCAAGAACGGCUGCACAUACGAUGUGCUAGGGAAUAUUUGGGUCCCUACUCCCUGUUUAGACACGGAAAAUCUCGCUGAGUUCAAGCGCAUGGCUCCCUGGCUGGCAUAUGACUCUGCCAACGCUACUCUUCAGCUCACAGAGGAGGAGAUGUCGGAAUACCUCAUACCAGAUGGGUACUGGACACCAGUACGGGAGCACAUGAUUCAUUUUGCACCACUCUGUGGGUCAACCAUUCAACCUAUCAUGGGUGUCGUCAGCGAUCGAUCACGUAUUGUAUGGGGCCGACGAAGACCGUUUAUCCUCGGCGGAGUGCUAUCUACCAUCUUUGCCGCCACAACAUUAGCCUGGUCUGAGCCGAUUUCGGUAGCGGUCUGCACGCUCUUGGGCAUUAGUAAUGUCGACGGAUGGUGGGGAACUGUUACACGGACUGUUGCUAUUCUAGCGAUUAUCAUCCUCAACAUCUCGAUCCAGCCGCUCCAACUUGGCCUUCGCUCGUUGCAUGUCGACAUUUGUCCGCGAGAACAACAAGCCAUAGCAAGCGCAUGGGCAGGCCGUUUUGCUGGUAUGGGAAACAUUAUCGGCUAUGUUCUUGGGUCCCUACCACUGCCUUGGAUCUCUAGUGAUUAUGAUGCCAUGAGGUUCCGAUAUAUGGUUUAUUGGACUACCUUCGCACUCAUCGCCUCGUCACUUGUCACUUGCUACUAUACCGAGGAGGAAGAUCCGUCAAUGUCAACGUACGACCCGGGUCUUGAGCGCCCAGUCUAUCGAGUUUUCCGAAACCUCCUCGAUGGCUUCUCGCAAGCCCCCAAUAGGUUAAACCGAGGCGCUUCACAUCCCGAUGUCAGCUUUGUGAUUCGGAUUCAGCAGCCACUUCCAGAAGACUUAGAAGAGCAAGACACGUUACUCCAAAAGAAGAUUUCAGGAUCGCUUUGGUCAAAGCCCCAUCGAGGCAUUGCGUACGCGAAUCUAGUGGCUGUGGCCCUCUUCCUUUUCACAAUUGUUGUCGGAUCGCUCGCAUGGCUAGGCGUAUCUGCGACACAGCAAACCGACAAAGCACCGAAACUAUCAAAGGCAUACACCGAUUGCGGUAGCAACUACUCAACAGCAAUCGCGGCCGGGUGUAUAUACGAUAUCGUUGCUCCCCAAUGGACACCACCAGAGUGCUACAAUGCAGCCCUAUCUGAAGAAUACGCUGCGAAGAUCCCAAAACCGAUGUUUUUCCGUUGGGAAAAUCUCACAGAGCCGAUACCAGAAGACCCCGUGGAGAUCUCAAAGCAUGAUACAAUUGGUCGCCGCGAUGUUUUCCCGGUGGUAGAUGCCCAUGAGAAGUACACUCCGGCCAAAACCAAAGGCCAAUUGUCGGAAAUCGAUCGAAUCAAGAAGGCAAUCGAGACGAUGGGGGCCUUCUUGACGAAGCCUUCACGGCACGACAGUGGAAAAGAAUAUAUUCCCAUACCAAACCCUGAGUCUUGCACCCCAGAGAACCAUCACAGCAGAGAGAGACGCGGGCGUCUACCGAAAGGUGUCGUUAUGGUCUCUGUCGCCGCUGUUCUGGUGUUGUUGAUCCCAGUCACCUAUUUCCUCUUCGUCGCAAGUACAUGGAGUGGCGCAUUCAACCACACCAGCCUACCCAUCCAGCAUGACGACAAAGGCACAUUCAUAGCCUGCCCAGAAGACCCUUCAUCGGCGCGGAAGUUGGGCUGUUAUUUCGACCUUCUUGCCAACGGUUGGAUUCCAGACCCUUGCUUCGAUGCGACUAUGCACCACGACUUCGUGGAUGGCAAGGACUACGGUUUCUUCGAGGAUCGAAAUGGCGAGCACCGAGUACAUCAAAACACUGUUAUGGAAGGAGAUAACAGCAGGUAUCCGGACGGGCUCUGGGUGACGUUUGAAGAACAUCACACUCAUUGCCGUUAUCUGGUUAAUGGAUCGAUCAGAGCCGUCUCACGACCUCAUGGAGCUUUCCUCGACGUGUAUCUGGAUAGGGAUCAUAUGAUGCACUGCUAUGGUGUUCUUGGAGAACAUCGGGACUCUGACCAUAUUGAGACAUAUGUCAAGGCUUUCUUCGAAUCGCGUAAAUGUUACGUUCGUGAUUGA